UCAGCGGCUUCCUGUUGAUUUUUGUAGCCUGCCACACAUAUAAACACGUUGACAGUUUUUGUUUUUUAUUUGUUACUUUUACGGCAAUCAUGUUAAUCCCCUCAAAUGGCGACGUAUCCACGAAGGACCCUGUUCGUCGAACCUCCCGAAACUUUCUACUUGAAAACCGGCUAAUGGUCAGCCAGCAUCCCAAGGAGAAGUCGAAGGCCCGACUAGCCACAAUGGCAAAGAACUCAGGACCUCUGCCUUAUGGCGCUCAACGGCGUCCUGCGGGCGGAACGCUGAGGACCAAGAGCUUUGUCGAGAAGCAGAUCCAAACGGAGGACAUCAGCGACGAGCGGUUCCUUAGUGCCGCUAUGCUCAAGUGCUCGGAGAGGGGGCUCUUCCGGCCAGCACGCAGCGAGGGAGACGAGCCGGAGCUCAGAGAAGGGGAGUCCUGCGGCAAAAGCAUGCGUUUGCGGCGAACUGCCUCGAGUUUCGAGCUGGGCAGGAUGCCGGAGCAACGCGAUGGCUACCAGUCGGGGCAGUACACACUGCCCCGGCUGUUAGCCACCGGUCUUGGCAUUGAGUCCAGCUCGGGUGACCAGUCCUCUGCCGGUUCACCCUCCUCUAGGUCAAGUACGCCUAGAGUAAGACAGAUGGACAUUCCGGAAAUGGUGGAUGUCGACCUCGAUGAAGCGCUGAGUAUGCGUUCGCAGACGUCUUGUGAUCUGUUUUCCGAUUCGCCGCAAGAACAACCGCAGGAGCAGGAGAUGCCGGAGGAGCAGUCACAGGAGCAGCUGCAGUCUGAGUCGAAUCGAAUGCUUUUGGAGGCCGCCCGUGAGCGGCAAAGGCAACUGAUCGCGGAGUACAACCGGCUGCCCAUUUCCAUGGGCACUUUGCGCGUGCGCAAUCUCCAGCGGCAGCUGGAGCAGCAGCUGGACGUGGCGGAUCACGACGUGAGGGUACUUUCUGAAGAAAAGGCCAACAUGCAGCAAUUCGAGCUAUUAAAUUGUAAUCGAAGACGGUUAUUUAGAUAAAAUAUUAAGCAACACA